AUAACUUGCUCGUUUUAUAAUCUCCGUCCAGUGAACGAUUCUGAACAAGUAAAAAACCGUCCUUCUCCAUUUUCUCCUCCCAAAUCGACAGCACAACAGGUGUUCAGAGAAGUCCGUUGCCUCCAUUAAUUCAAGAUGUCAGAAUUACCCUUCAGACCAAGAGAGAAGCUUAUUGAGAAGCAAAAAUAUUUCCAGGGUAUCCAUAAAUACACACACCUGAAAGGACCAAAUGAUAAGAUCACAUCUGUGGCAAUACCACUUGCCUUGGCAGCUUCUUCAAUCUUCCUGAUUGGAAGAGGGAUCUAUAAUAUGUCCCAUGGAAUAGGGAAGAAAGAAUGACGUGGCAGUUCUUUUGAGCGAGAUGAAACCUACUCGGAUCGGUUUUGUAUGUUUGUUUCCAUUAAUAAAUUUGCUCAGUAGUUGCAAAACUUUAUGGUCGCUGGUGGAAGUUGAAGUUGAGAGCUUCAAGGAAAUUUGUUAUUUCCUCCAAUUUGCUUUGAUGUAUGCAAUUUAUUUUAAAAAUUACUCUGUUUUGAAGGAAAUUCUAGGUGUCCAUGGUCACUUGCAAAACUGUGGUUAGACAUUAUCACAAAUUCAAAUCUCAGAUA